UUUUCACUUUUCUUUUAUAUUUUCAUUUUUCUUUUGUCUUCUCUCUCUAGCCUAGUCAACCUCAUAUGUGUUCCGCACUUUGUUCCAUAUUAAACCAACACCAUUCUCUCUCUCUCUCCCUCUCUCUCUCUAAAGUGAUCAAUCCCCAUCUCUGAUUUUCUGAUACUCAAAUACUCACUAUUUCAGCUUAACUAACCAAAUUUCAGUAUUGGCUCUCUCUUUAAAAGCAUCAAUACAUACUAUUUAUAAACUAUAUGUCUAUUUCCUAUGUGAGGGAGGUAAUGAUUCCUAUUUCAUAACCCCACCAGUCUUGCAUGCUCUAUUCCCAUAUUUACUACUCCAACACCAUUCUUUAACCCACCGUAUCAAAAACCCUUUUCCCCUCUAGGGAAAGAGAGAGACUAAGAGGCGUAUUUAAUUAAAGCCCUACUUUACUCUCCUGCUACUUCUUCCAUUACAUAUACCUCUUCAUCUACAUCACAAAGCCCCUUCAAUAUAUUCAGCUCUACUUAUAGAGAGAGAAAGAAAUUGUUCCUUCUUUUAGUCUAUCAAAAUGUGGAUGAUGGGUUAUAAUGAUGGUGGAGAGUUCAACAUGCCUGACUCAUUCAAUGGCCGGAAACUUAGGCCUCUCAUUCCAAGGCCACUGCCUUCUACCAACAACAUCAACAACAACAACUCGACCACAAACACUCCCUGCUUAAGCCGUAUUCAUGGCACCGAUUUCUUUUCACAAUGUCAACAUCUGCAGGCAUCUGUGUCUGAGCAGAACAAGAUGAGAGAGUUCAACACUCCACCUGUUGUGGUGAGCUCAAGGUGGAAUCCAACACCGGAGCAGUUGAGGGCUCUUGAAGAAUUAUAUCGACGUGGGACUCGAACACCGUCGGCUGAGCAAAUUCAGCAUAUUACUGCACAGCUUCGGAGAUAUGGUAAGAUUGAAGGGAAGAAUGUUUUCUACUGGUUCCAAAAUCACAAGGCCAGAGAGAGGCAGAAACGCCGCCGUCAAAUGGAUUUGGCUUCGGAUGAUCACCACCGUGAUAAUAUUGAAAACUUAAACAGGAAAGAAUUAGGGGCAAAUAGGACAGUGUUUGAAGUUGAACAGACCAAGAACUGGGCACCCCAUAUAAACUGCAGUACGCUUGCAGAGGAAUCUGUUUCAAUACAAAGGUCAGCAAAAGCAGCAGUGGCAGAAUGUAUGACAGAUGGAUGGAUCCAAUUCGAUGAAGGAGAAUUACAGCAAAGAAGAAACUUUGUGGAAAGGAAUGCCACGCGGCAGAUAAUGCAGUUGACUUGUCCUCCUCAUCUCACCCACCUCAUAAACACCCCUACUUCAUCUACUACUACUGCUACUACUACCACAACCCAAGCUACAGUGAGAACUACAAUGGAACAAAAGCUCAUUAAGACUCGUGACUUGAACAUCUUUAUAGCACCCUAUAGAGAAAAUGGUAUCAACCACUUUAACAGUAGUGUCAGCAAUGAAGAAGAUGGAUGUGGGGAAUCUCAAACUCUUCAACUCUUUCCACUUCGGAGCAGCAGUGAUGGCAACAAUAACAUUAACGAAAGGGAGACUGAUAUAUCAGUUUCAGCCAUGAAUGCCAACUUCACUCCUUUCCAAUUUUUUGAGUUUCUUCCAUUGAAGAACUAAAACCAAAGGGAAAUUACUUUAUGGGGGGUGACAGCCAAUGGUUCGCUUAUCAAAUUGCUAUGUAUGGAAGAUGAUAGGUUGAGUUUGAAUGUUGUAAUCUUGUUGGAAAAUGGGACUUUUCUUUU